AUGAAACUGCUCAUGGUAUUGCUGAUUUUGGUCCUCAUUGGUAAUUGCACCUGUGGCCGCAGGAGAUUUAGAGGCAACAGAAAACACAAGAGCCACGGGAGUAGUAGUGAAGAGGCCCUAUUGGAGUGUGAACCAUUAGAUGCUCCGGUAAAUGGUUCAUUGCAAUUGAUAAAUGAUGAAAGUUGUAACAGCGCUGUCGCUGUUUAUUCCUGUGAUGAAGGCUUUGUGUUAAAUGGAAAUUCCACUAGAGUAUGCUCGAGUAGCGUUAACGAAGCGGAAUGGAGUGGUAAUGAAGCAAUCUGUGAACGCCUAUUGGAGUGUGAACCAUUGGAGGCUCCGGGAAAUGGUUCCUUGCAAUUGAUAAACGGUGAAACUUCCAAUGGCGCUGUCGCUGUUUAUUUCUGUGAUGAAGGGUUUGUAUUGAAUGGAAACUCUACAAGAGAAUGUUUGAGUAGCGUAAUCGAAGCGGAGUGGAGUGGGGAUGAUCCUAUCUGUGAACCCCUAUUGGAGUGUGAACCAUUGGAGGCUCCGGGAAAUGGUUCCUUGCAAUUGAUAAACGGUGAAACUUCCAAUGGCGCUGUCGCUGUUUAUUCCUGUAAUGAAGGCUUUGUGUUAAAUGGAAAUUCCACUAGAGUAUGCUCGAGUAGCGUUAUCGAAGCGGAAUGGAGUGGUGAUGAAGCAAUCUGUGAACGCCUAUUGGAGUGUGAACCGUUGGAGACACCGAUAAAUGGUUUCUUGCAAUUGAUAAACGGUGAAACUUCCAAUGGCGCUGUCGCUGUUUAUUUCUGUGAUGAAGGGUUUGUAUUGAAUGGAAACUCUACAAGAGUAUGUUUGAGUAGCGUAACCGAAGCGGAGUGGAGUGGGGAUGAACCGACCUGUGAACCUGUGGAUUGUGGAAUUCCUACGCGUAAUGAUGGCUUUCUUAAUAUUUCCUACACAACGACAACACUUGGAUCGAUCGCGAACUUCAGUUGUCCGGCAUGUGGACGACGUCUGGUUGAUGGUAACAAUAUCACUUGCCUGCCCAGUGGAGAAUGGAGUUGUAGCGAAGCAAGUUGUGUAGCCCGGGCGGUAUGGACAACAAGGGUGAAUAGACUGUGUACAGAUGUUGUCGGAGGGCAAACAUUGCUUGUGAAACCUGUUGAAAGCUUACCUGAUUGUCAACGUAUUUGUAUUGCUUUGAACCAGUUUGAAUGCAAGUCGGUUGAAUGGGGUCGUAACACUCAGGCGGGUAAUAAUGAUGGCAUUGCGCUUGAUUGCACAUUGCAAGGCUUUGAUUUGUCGGAACCAAAUGUGACAACUACUGAUUGUAGAGCAACAUACUACAGCGAACUUAUCUGUCGUCCAUGAUGAUAAGCUAUAAACUACACCCUUAAUGCAAGUGCACGCUGUUGAUGAAAAAACUAGAUGUAAACUAUGAUUGACGAAGCAGUGCAAUAGAUUGAUUGAUUCAUUG